GGGCAUCAAAAAGAGGAUUAUAUACAAUAUAUCACCAUGGAGGACCUCAAUCAAGAACAACCAGAAAACGCAAUUCGUUUAGAAAUUCAUGAUCAACGAGAGUAUUUUGCUAGUCAAAAGUUAGAACAGGGUCAUGACAUAGAAAUGACAGAUUCGCAAAACUCAUUAAUUAGUGAUAAAUACGCUAAAAAAGCCACAAAAAAAUGUAAUGAACUAAUCAAGACAAAACAACAUUACGCAAAAGAAGCAUUACCAAAUUUGGAAAACUUCCCUUCCCCAAUUGAGAAAGAAGUUCAUCUCAUUCACCUGAUGGGAAAUGAGUAUCUACGGCAUUUUUGGACGUCGCUAAACUCCAAAGAUAAAACCGAGAAGAAUAAAAAGAUGGUUGAUAAACUUCGUGAUACUUUGACUCGAAUCAAUAAAGUCAAAAAGAUGAGUCAGGACGGUGAUGAGAUGCAGGAUGCCUCACAAACGUCUCAAAACACAGAUAUACAGGUUAGCGAAUUAGAAUGGUCCAAAGCUAUAAUGCUGGCAGAACAACCUUUGCGCGAUGCCAUUGAGGUAGCUCUCGCCCGAGUACCCUCACGUAAAGAAAAUCCUAU